AUGGGGGGUCUCAAGCUCUGCAUUUUGCUGCUGCUGGGCACAUACACACUAGCCCAGCAAGAUGUGGGAAGUGUUGACGAACAACUUCCAGUUUGCUAUUUGGCCAAAAGAUUCAAGAACUUCCGCCGUUUUGUGUACGACUAUGAAACUGAAACGUUUAACGGCAUGAAUGGAGCCACCAAAGACAAGAGCGGCCCCAAAGUCUCCUGCAAAGUUGAGAUCGAAGUGCCCCAGACCUGUAGCUUUAUCCUCCGUACCACAGAGUGCUCUCUGAGCGAGAUCCAUGGCAUGGACACAGAAGGAAACCCAGUGUAUCAUCCUGCUGAGGGAGCUCUGGCUUUCAAAGCUGCUAUGGCUAAGAACCCCUUGAAGAUUACAGUCGAAGGACAGACUGAUGUCCGACUGUACGCCGGGGACGAUGACCCUGUCAACAUCCUGAACAUCAAGAGGGGAAUUGUCUCUGCCCUCAUGGUGCCAGUAAUGGAAGAGGAGAAGAACGACAGAAUGCCCACCGUCCAUGGACUGUGCCCCACCAACUUCAGCGUCAACGCCAGAGAGAACAUUGCCACCGAUGUGACUGUCAGCAGGGAUCUUUCCAAAUGUGACUAUUUCGUUUACCACAAGCAGGUCACAAGUCCCUUGGCCCUUAUCACUGGCAUGAACAACCGUCUGUUCAAGAUGAUUAGCAGCACCCAGACUUGCACCUACAAGUUUGACAACCAGAAGAAGCACAUGACCAUUGGAACCUGCACAGCGACACACAACUUCCUGCCCCUCUCCCCCCUUAAUGAAUAUGGAAUGUCUACUCUGGUGAAACAGACUUUGAAUCUAAGAGAGACCAGCAAGAUCAAUGAUAGAAUCUUUGACAUCAGUGAGUAUAUGUUCAACCACUUGAACUUGGCCAUGGAUGAAGCUGACGACAAGUCUCCUGUGCAGACCAAGGAUGCUGCCAUUGCCACCAUGCAGCAGCUGAACACCCUGUCACAGACCACUGAGGGCGAGGACCGUGCCAGCCUCUUCCACAAGCUGGUGUCUGAGCUGCGUGGCCUGAAAGUUGACGUUCUGGGAUCUGCUACUGAUGAAAUGAUGGACAUGUCCCAAUUUCUGACAUGGCAAGCUUUGACUCAGUGCGGCACCCCAGAAUGCACCAGCGCAAUGCUGAAGAUUCUCAGGACCUUUAACAAUGCUUCUCUUGAGGUUGACGCUACUGUCUACGCCCUGGGAAUGCUGUCUAACCCCUCCCGCCUUAUGGUGAAGGACAUGCUGGCAAUGGCUCAGUACAAGCAGAGCAAACCCAUCAUGUAUGCCCUGAGCAAUGCAGUUAGGAAACUGUACCAGGCUGAGCGCGUCACCCCCGAGAUCACUGCUGUCUCAGAGUUCAUGAUGUCCCUUCUGGGCACAGACUGCGCUGGAGAGAAAGAGCUGACCUUCCUGACCUUGAGGGUUAUUGGAAACAUGGGAGAUGCAAUGGAGGCUGCUGACGCUGCUGUAAAGACCACCCUGCUGAAGUGUAUGAGACAGCCUGCAACCACACUGUCUGUGCAGCUUGCUGCCAUCCAAGCUUUCAGACGCAUGUCUGCGACAGAUGAGGUUCGUUCUAACCUCCAGAGGGUGAGCCAGUAUCCCAAGGGUGCUGUGCAGAAGCGCCUGGCAGCGUACCUGAUCCUGAUGAGGAAUCCCCACGACAGUGACAUUGAGAUAGUGAAGAAGCUGCUUACGCAGGAGCAAAACACGCAGAUCAAGUCCUUUGUGACCUCCCAUGUCUACAAUAUAAUUUCCUCCACCGAUUCAGAGACCCAGAAGCUUGGUCAAAAGAUAAUGGAUGCCCUGAAGGACACUGAAGUCACCACACAUAGUGACUACGCCACAAAGUCUCGCAACUACAAGCUGGGCCUGGCACAAGGGAGCAUGCAGGCUGCCGUCCUGGGCAACAUUGUCUUUGAUCCAAGUAGCCAAUUGCCAAGGGAGGUUUUGCUGGAAACUACAUUGAAAGCUUUUGGUUUCAGCAUGGAUCUUUGGGAGAUUGGCAUGGAAGGGAGGGGCUUUGAGCCAACCAUUGAUGCUUUGUUUGGAAAGAACGGGUUCUUCCCUGACACUUUGGGCAAGACGAUGUACUGGACUUUAGACAAGAUACCACCAAAGAUGAAAGAGGAACUGGGGAAAUGGGUUUCUCCCCUGGACACAGCAGGACGAAAGAUUCCCGAAAAUCUUGUGAGAGAAAUUGUCCGCAACUUCAACAAGCUGGUAAAGGAUCUGCAGAGUCAAGAGGCCCCAGAGGCCAUGGCCUACCUGAAGAUAAUGGGAGCUGAGCUUGGCUACAUCAAGGGCAAUGAUCUGAAGUUUAUUGCUGAUAAUGCAAUGAUGUAUGCAGAGAUUUUCAUGAAGAUCAUUCCUACAAUGAUUGUGAAUAAUCUGAUGUCCAGCACUGACAAUGAGAUCUUUGCCCAUUACAUCUUCAUGGACCACAAAUUCAUCAUGCCAACAGCAUCUGGCCUGCCUCUGACAUUUGCUUUGUCUGGUACCUUCGCUCCUGGAGCAAAGGGAGGCCUUGCCAUGGCUCCAAAUAAGAGGGAGCUCGUUUUUUCACCCUCUGUUGGAGUUGAGUUUGUGACUAAGAUGGGAGUCCAUGUCCCUGAAUUUGUUGUGUCCGCUGUUGAACUGCACACCAACAUAUACCACGAGAGCACACUGAAUGCCAAGAUCACCAUGGAGCAGAACCAGGUCAAGCUUUCCAUACCUGCCCCACAGGGCACCACCAAGCUUGUGAGCAUCAGCAAUAAAGUGCUGAUUGUGGGUGCUGGUCAAGCUGCAGUGAUCCCACAUGCAGAGGUUGAAGAAAGCUGCAGACCCCUUUUCUCUGGAGUCAAAUACUGCACCAAAACACUCCGGGCCAGCACUGGAGAUAAUACUGCUGUUCCUUAUUUCCCCCUGAAUGGAGAGACUAAGUUUGCUGUGGACAUCAAGCCUUCUCACGAGGUGUCUGAGUACACAGCCACUAUCGCCUACAAACUCCUCAAUGAAGGAAAGGACGGCCACCAGAAGGUUGAUUCUUUGAAGUUUGCUCUGAGAGCUGAGGGUUCUAAGCCUACCGAGGCUACUGCCACCAUGAAGUACAACAGGAAUAGGAAUGUUUUCACCACCCAAAUUCAGGUACCUGACUUUGAUGUUGAGGCCGGCGUUAAGAUUGGCAUGACCGACAGUAGUGCCAAAGGAAAAUCCAUUACCCUCGAGAUCAACAACAAGAACGUGCCCCAGCUCUCUCUGAUUGGCCGUGCCAAGCUUCAGGCCAGGACAGAUGGCAUGCUGCAGGUUCAGCUGUUAGUCCCUUCACUCAGGACUGAUGCCGCCAUCACUGCUACCAUGAGCAAAGCUGAUGGAUUCACCAUGGAGAUCAAAAGUGAUGUCAAACUCCCAGAGACCUCCUCCAUUCAGGCAGUUACAUUCAAAUAUGGUGAAGACCAGGCUGAGAUUCAGUUGAUGUCCAACAUGAAUGCUGAUACUAAGAUCCUGGUGCCUUACACUGAAGCCCUUCAGGCCUGGAUCAGGCAGUUGGUGGAGGAUGUCAUGGAACAGCAGGUUGUCAAGACGGACAUGAAACUGCGUCAUGUCUUCAACAAGGCAGUCGAGGCCAGUGAUAUCUGGAUGGACAAGAUCUCAUCUGAUGUUCCUUCUGUUAAGACGCUGACAAACAGAAUUGCAAAUGUGGAAAUGCCCUCAAUGCCUGAAAAACUAUUCAUGAACCUUGAUAGCACAUUCAGAUACCAGUUCAACCAGGACCGUUUGACCAUCACUGUCCCUCUACCUCUUGGAGGAAAAUCAUCUGAGGAGCUUAGGAUACCUCAAAUGGUCAACUCCCCACACAUCUCAAUGCCUCAACUGGGCAUGGAUUUUGCCUCACAAGAUAUCCAAAUCCCCACUUUUACCAUCCCCUCUGAAUAUGAUCUCACCCUGCCUCUGAUGGGAAUGGUGGAGGCAUCUGCCAAAGUCAACAGCAACUAUUAUAACUGGGAGGCAACUAUGUCUGCUGGUAACAACACUGCAGAGUCUCCUAGCUACUCAGCUAAGUUCAGCGCCAUGGCCGACAGUCCAAUCAAACUUCUCUCAUUCUCAAACAGAGGAGCUACAACAAUUAAAGACACAGCAGACAAGACAAUGAAACUCACCAUUGAUGGUUCCCUGAACCAUAUGAUAAUGAACACAAGUUUUAAUUUGUUGGAAACUGUUGCUGUCACAGACAAUGUAAUGUUAACAGGAAGGUACAACAUCUAUGUCGUCGCGCCUGUGGGCCUGGAGACAUCGCUGACUAUUACCACCCAGGUCACCCUAGAUUCAAACAUGCUCUCUGGAGAUAUCAACACAGACGGAAGUGUGUCUGUUGGAUCCAUGAGUGCUAGCACCACUUAUCUCCACACCUUCUCUGUUGAGCCAGCAAAGAAAGAAGCUAAACUGGAGAGUACACUGAGGCUGAACUCUGAAAUCCUGAAGGUUGCCAACAAGAUCAAGGCAUCGUAUGCAAAUGAGGAACUUGUGAUUAGCACUAACACCAACAUGAACACUAACCCCAUCAAGCACACCACCAAAAUGAGCCUCAGCUACAAAGAUGUCAAGCUUACCAUCCAGUCUGACUCUGUGACCAAGGCUGAUGAGCGAAUGCUUCGUAGCCAAAUGGAGUUUGCUGCCUCUGAUGAACAGGCCAGCCUCAGGAUAGAGAAUCAAGCAGAUGACACAGAGAACCGUGCCUACUCUUUGUUAACUGGGUCCUUGAACCCCUCCGGCUUGGAGAUCAAUGCUGAUGCUUCUUUGAACGUCUUCUCCAGCCUUGCCUCUCACAAGGCUACCUUGGCCCUGAACAUGAAUGGCCUGACCACCAGCUGUACAACAACUGCUCAGCACAGCCCAAUGACCUUCGAGAAUGUUUUCCACGGUGGAGUUGACACAUCUGGUGCCACCGUGUCUCUCACUACUAAGGGAGCCGUUAAAGAGAACAAGGCUGAGCUCAAUAUUGAGGGAAAGAUUGCAAGCCGAGACAUGUAUGUCAACGGCAUUCUUAAGGGUAACCUCUUUGACAUCAACCACCUGAACAGAGUGAACUUCAGACUGAAUGAAGAUGGCUUGAUUCUCUCCAAUAACAUAGUGGAUCUCCUCAACGAGAUGAGGACCGAAAAUACCAACUCACUGUCUCUUACACUGAGAUCUUUCAUUCUCCGCUCCAAGACUGACAACUUCCUUGACAACAGGAACUCCUACAUGCAUGACAUCGGUAACAUGGAGCCUUUUACUGCCUCAGUUAAUGUGAAGAAUGACGUGAAGAUCAUGGAGAUUAACUUUGUGAAUGAUGCCCAGUUCAAGGCGGAGCCCUACAACAUAGAGCUGACUGGAACAAUGAUGGGAGUUUUCUCAAAGGAAGAGCUCAAGCACACUUAUGAAGUCAAGUUUGUUGAUAUGGUCUUUUCUACAAAGUGCAAUACCAUUGGUAAACUUCUGGGAGCUCAAAUUACACAUACCACUGAUAUGGAAGUUGCUGGUCUGACCAUGACAUUCAACAAUGUGGCUAACUUCAACUCACCAGUUCUUCGUAUAGACAGUACAGUCAAAACUGUUGCUGCGCCCUUCAUUUUGAACAUUGAUGCUAUUAUGAACUCAAAUGGUGCAGUGUCUCUUUAUGGGUUAGGACAGAGUGGUGAUGUAUACAGCAAAUUCCUCCUAAAGGCAGAACCUCUCCUGUUCACACAUUCAUUUGAGUACAGAGCCUCAACCACCCAUCAACUGGAAGCUGAAACACUAAUCAACACCAAUAUGGACAACAAAUUCAACAGCAUGCUGAGCCUCCAAGAGCAAAGUGUCACACUGAAGAUGGCAUCCACAGUAGACGAGCACACUUUCGACCAAGAAAUAAGUGCCUAUAACAAUGCAGAGAGAAUGGGUAUUGAGAUGUCAGGAGCUGUUUCAACUCCUCUCUUCAGUGAGGUCACUCAAGAUUACGCCAUCUCUGGAUUUGUGAAAUAUGACAAGAACAGUGACAGCCACUUCGUCCAGAUCCCAUUCAUUGAGCAUCUGCCUGCAGUUAUUGAAAACUUAAAGAGCACAGUGAUGAGGCUCAUGGACCAAAGCAUUGAGAUGCUGAAAGACAUCAACACCAAGUAUGAUAUCAGUGCCAAAAUGCAGAACAAAGUGUCAGAACUAAAGGAAGUUAUUGAUAGCUUUGACUUCAACCUCUUUGUCCAAGACCUGACAAAGUUUAUCAACUCCAUAGAAAAUGUCAUGACCAACCUGACAACCAAGUUCCCAACUGAUAAAUUCAUGAAUGUGCUGAAAUCAUUGAAGAAAGAGAUUAUGGCUUGGAUCCAGAGGCAUAACAUUGUUCACAACUUCCAUGUAAUUAAUGCCAAAAUAGAGAAGAUCCUUUCCAGCUAUGAGGUUGAAAAGAUGAUUGGGGCCAUCAUGGAUGAGGUUGUUAAAAUUAUGAAACAGUAUCAUGUGAGGGAAAUGAUGCAGUCUGCUGUUGCUGCUCUCAAGUCAAUUGACAUUGAGCCUUUGCUCAAAAAGGUUAUGGCACCUGUUCAGGAGCUUGUGAAUGAGCUGUAUUCUUUUAACUUCAAACAGCUGAUUGACGACAUGAGUGACUAUUUCAUGAGGAUGGUACAGAAAAUCCGAUCUUUUGAUUAUGACACAUUCACUAUGGAGUUGAAAGAGAAAGUUGCAGAUAUGAGCAAGAUUCCCUGUUUUGGAAAACUCUAUGGAGAGUUCAGAGUAACCUCCCCUCACUACACACUCAAAACCACUGCUGACCUCGAGAAUACCACAACUACAUCAGUCACACCAGAUUUCAAAAUCAGCCUGAACUCAAAGGCUUCGUCUACUUUGAAAGUUCUUGACUUCACAAUGAAUGCCAAUGCUUCAUUUGCUGCACCCAAGAUGAGUCGCCUGUCCAUAUCUGAGAACAUCAAAGUUGACCAGUCAUGUUUCACACUUGACCACAAGGGAACAAUGACCCUAUAUGGCCUGUCAGCUCAAGCUUCUGCUGAAACUACUGCAAAAGCUAACACUGAGUUAUAUGAUGCCGAGCUUAUCAACAAUGCAUUCUUUGCCCUUGAAAAUGGAGUUUCUGCCACUGUGGAGACAAGCUACAAACAUGAUCUCAAUAUGCCAUCCCUCAACAUUUUCAGUGGAACAUCAAUCAAUCAAAAGAAUGUCCUUCAGCUGGAUGCUGGUACUGCCAGUCUGACCAUUACUAACAUGGCCAAUGAAAAAUAUGCAGUUCGGGACUUUUCAGAUGAGGCAACCCACAAGAGUAAUAUGGAGGUGGUGAUGGAUCUCCACACAGCCAAAGUGACAUUCACUGGAGCAACAGGGAGCAGCCACUUCAAAAUGAAUCAGAAUGUUGUUGCUGAAAUCUGCAUUUUCCGCCAUGUAAUUAUUGAUGCCAAGUUUGAGACAGAAACACCUUUCAUGAAGGGCAGUGUUGCAGAUGUCAAAUUCCAGGCUAAGGCUGGAGACAUGAAAAUUGAUUUCACUGCCUCUCACAGUGCAGAGCUGACUGGACAGGUCGAGGGAACUCUCUCAAACUCGGCACUUGCUUUGGUCACACCCAGUGAGUUUAUGUUUGACACCAAGAACAAGGGAAAUGUCAAGGUUGCCCUUCCAUUCAAGCUGUCUGGAAAGAUGGAUCUCCAGAAUGACAUCUCUUUGACCCUGAACUCUGAAGUGCAGCAGGCUAGUAGUACAGGUCUGGCUAGAUUCAACCAGUACAAAUACUCCCAUUACUUCACCAUGGAUAAUGGUGACAGAGAAAUUAACAUAUUUUCCCAGAUCAAUGGAGAAGCUAAUCUGGAUGUACUGAAGGAGCCUAUCACCAUUCCUAAAAUAACUGUGCCAUUUGUUGGCAUGAUGACACCAAGAGUGGAAGACUACUCUCUGUGGGAAGACACCGGCCUGAGCAAACUCCUGACCACAACUCAGCAGACAUUUGACAUGAACUCCAAGCUGAAGUACAUGAAGAGCUCUGAGAUGAAAACCAUUGACAUUAAUGUAGAUCCAAUCAUCGAUUUAAUCAAUAAAAAUGUCAAAAAUCUUCAAAAGAAAGUGCUCAUUGGUAAGGAUAAGGCUGCUGCCAUCCUCGCUACAUCUUAUGACCAAGCAAAGGCAGAGUAUGAAAAGUAUAGCAUUGAGCUUCCCAAAACCAUUACAGUCCCGUCCUACAAAGUUCCAGUGAUGAAUGUCGAGGUGUCCACAUUCACCAUUCCUCUGCCCGACAUCAGUCUCAUCACAACACCUGCUCUGCAUGUUCCAUCUGCCCUCAGCAAGUUGACUCUUCCAAAAAUCACUCUCCCCAAGAUUCAGAGCAUCAGGAUUCCAGUACUGGGUGAUCUGACCUACGAGUUCUUCGUGAAAACCGCAAUGGUCACAGUCAAAACUGAUGCUAGCAUCCUUAACAAGGACAGCAUCAUCAUCAAACUUGAUGCUUCUUCAACCUCUGAAUUUGAGAUUCUGACUGGAAAGAUUGAGGGCAACACCAAUGUGAACACGGCCGGAGGAUUAAAAAUGGUCUCUGUCCUGUCUAUGAAACAUCCAAUGCUUGAGGGAAACCAUGAAAGCACCAUCACCAUAAGCUAUGAAAAUGUGGAUACCUCCAUCACCAAUUCAGCCAAGGUCAAUUUACCUGUCCUGAGUAUGGAAAUUGACCAGGAGAUUCUGGAAAAUUCAGAAGAAGGCAUUGUUGUCUCUAUGUCCACUCCAUCUGCAGGACUCAUUGCACUUCAAAUGCAGACUAAGCGUCCGGCACAAGUGAAAGCGAGACUCUAUGGUCGCUACCCGUCUGAGCCAACAACUGACAUUGAUAUCUUGGGUCUGAAGCUGUCUGUGAGGAACUCUGAGAAGCUAAACCUUCAGACAACCUGGAACAUGGAGAUGCCAUAUGAGAUGAUGCUGGGACUGAAGAAACAGGUGCCCGCAGUCAUGGAAAUGGUGUCUGAUCCUGCUGUCAGGACAUACAACACAAUCGGCAGACAUGCUAGAAGCCUUGAGCGUUCCUUCAAGCAAGCUAGAGAGCAGGGUAAAGUGGUGUUCAAGAGAGCUGUUGACAACUUUGCAGCAGUAAGUUCUUCUAAUUUUAUAAAAAAUGUCACAGAGAAAACCAUUUUGAUCCUCAAAGAGUACCAAAAGAAAGUUGAAAUUGUCCUGGAUGCUGUUGUUAAAUUUCUGAGAGAGACCAAGUUCCAGAUUCCCGGGUAUGAACAGAGGCUGUCUGGGCUUGAGAUCUACCAGAAAUACAGUGCUUUUGUCGCCGAUGUAUCUGAAGAGGCUGUUCACAAGGUCCCAGAGUACUUUGCCUCCAUGUUUACAUCUGUACUUGAUUAUGUCCAAGCCAUUGAGUUCACCAUUCCUGGGUCGAACAACAUUGUCAGUGGACGAGAAAUUCUUGAUAACUUGUUUUUCUUUUUGAGGAAGAUUCAGGACCAAGUGGUUGUGACUGUUAGGAAACUGGGGGGAAUCCAGCUGGAAGAUGUCAUUAAUAAAGUAUCUGCAUUUGUGCAGUUUACCACUGAACAAAGUGAAAAGUUUCUCCAAACCCUUAAAUCUCAGAAUGUAGAGAAGCUCUCCACCUUUGUGUCUGAUGUAUACAAUGAUGCCAUCAACUCUCCUGUGCUGGCUGAUGUUGCCAAGCGGGUUGAAAUGGCACACAAAAUUGUUAUAAAUUUUUUAAAAACGGUAAAAGAUAAGAUCCAGAAUAUUUUGGCUGACUUGUCUUAUGAACAACUUCAAGCUGACAUCCAGUCCUGGAUUGACUUAUUGGUAAAACGUGUGAAUGCGUUCCACAACAUUGUCAUAAAGACACUUAAGGAGAAAAGCAAAAGUGUGGAACCAUUUGUGAGAGUAGGUGACCGACAGAUGGAGGUUGACAUUCCUUUACCAUUUGUUUCCAAAUUCAACUAA